AUGCCACCUCCUCCUGGUCGAUUUGGGCCCCAGGCUCUAGGUGCUCCUUACAAUCUGCAACAAACUCAUUUACAAACUCAACAUACCUCUCACACUCCAUCUACCAACACCGCACUUCCUCCUCCCUCACUCGGUGGCCACCCUGGUUUCGCCGGUAACCCGAACACGAAUAUGAAUCCUUUCACGUUAACGAGCGCUGGCGUAUCGAACGGCAUGUCAGUGGCCGAUGGCGGAGGUACUGGGCUUGCCAGUCAUGCUGCGCAGAUGGGUUUCGCCCGUGGCGCCCAAAUGCAGCAACAACAACUUACCCAAGGACACGACGGUCGGUUGACACUCGACGCAAAGGCUGGCGCGGUCAAGACUCGGAUUCGCGACGUAUGGAAGCAUAAUCUGGCCCACGAAAUGGCUGUCUUGAGGCAGCUUGUCGACAAGUACCCGUACAUCAGCAUGGACACAGAGUUCCCCGGGAUCGUUGCGCGCCCAAUCGGCUCAUUCACCAACAAGGCGGACUACCACUACCAGACUCUCCGCUGUAACGUGGACCUCUUGAAAAUGAUUCAAUUGGGUAUCACGCUCUUCAAUGAGGAUGGAGAAGUCCCGCCCGCUGUUCCUACCGACGCAAAUGGUCAGCCGCACGCCAAUGCGAUGCUUCCCGCACCAUGCACGUGGCAAUUUAAUUUCCGGUUCUCUUUGGAAGGAGACAUGUACGCGCAAGAGUCAACGACAAUGUUGGCAAAGUCUGGCAUUGACUUCAACAUGCAUGAGAAGAAUGGAAUUGAUCCCUUCGAAUUUGGAUCGUUACUGAUCAGUUCAGGUCUGGUGCUGCUAGAUGAUGUGCAUUGGGUCUCCUUCCAUUCCGGUUACGACUUCGGGUACUUGAUGAAGAUUAUGCUCUGCUCAGCGCUGCCGGAGAACGAGGAGGAGUUCCACCAACUUCUCAAUAUCUUUUUCCCUUCUCUGUACGACAUCAAGUAUCUCAUGAAGCACGCCGGUCGCAAUCAAGCGGUCAAUGACUCUCCGCUCACCCAAGCCGCCGCCCAGAUUCUUGCCAACCUUGGUCAAAAGUCAGGCCUUCAGGAUAUCGCCGAUGAGCUUGGUGUCAAGAGGAUUGGCAUCGCCCAUCAGGCUGGGUCCGAUUCGUUGGUGACGGGCGAGAUUUACUGGAAAAUGCGCCAGUUGGUCUUUGGGGGGAAGAUUGAUGAGAGCAAGUACUCAGGUCAAAUCUGGGGCUUGAAUGGUCAAAUGCCGGCGAUGAAUUACGCUCUGGCACAACAAACACCGAACUUGAACGGUGCGACCAUUUAUUCUGCGGCCGGUACACCCGGCACUCCCAACAACUCCCAGACGCCUCAACAUCAUUCUGGCUACCACACGCCCGGUCGGUAG